AUGGGUGAUUAUAUUCUACCACAAUUAACAACAAUAAUUACAGAUGCAUUACCACAACGAACAACCUCAGAUGGUGAUGAUACACAACCAUUUGUUGUUAAUCCAGAUAAUAAUAAUAAUAAUCAACCACAUCAACAACAACAAUCAACAACGCCGACAUCAGGUUAUAGACGUCGUCAACGUCGUAAUCGACAACAGCAAUAUCGUCAACAAAAUAAUAAUAAUAAUAAUAAUCGAUUUACUGCACUUGCUAAUCACGAUGAUGAUGAUGGUAACAAUAAUAAUGACCAUGGUGAUAACAACAAUAAUAAUAAUGAUAAAACUAAUAAAUCAAAAAAUAAACAACAAAAAAAGAAGAAAUCGUAUUUUUAUCUUUCACAUGAUCAACUUUGGAAACAUGUCGAUAAAGAUCGAACAAGUGAAUUUUAUAAACUAUUACAAGAUAAUCGAACUUAUGACAUUACAAAGAAUUAUCUACUCGAUGCUGCUCCUGUCUAUGAUGAAUGGUUAAGAACAGCCCAUGAAUUUAGAUUAUGGAAUGCCUAUAGACAACUAGGUGAAAAUGAUGAUUUUUGGGCCCAAGAAAUUAUUAAUCGUAUGCGCUCACGACCAGAUAAAGUUGAAAUUAAACCUUUUGUUGACAAGAAAAUUAACUCUUUUCAAUUAAAACUCGACGAUUAUUCAAAAAUAAUUAAUAAUUUACAAGUUAAAUUCACUGAAUAUUGGUCACAAGUAGCAUUACGUCGUAAACAGACACAAACUUCUGCAAUGGCUACAAGAGAAAGUACUACAGCACGUCCUUCUUCUUCAUUUGAUGUUGAUAGAAUGGAAAAGGAAUUAUUCGAUUAUAUUCAUAAUCAUACAAAACAUGUUAAGAAGAAUUGUGAUUCACGUCUUGAAAUUGCCAAUGCCGAAAAAGAAGAAUAUGAAGCUUAUAACAAUUUUAAGAAUAUGGCAGAAAAGAAGCCAAUAUGGAAUUUUCAUUUACUUUUAAAAUGA